AUGACAAUAAUAACAACAACCCGACCGCUACUUCUUUCGCGUCGGAAGGUAAUGAAAAGCUUGAACUUGCAAACAGCCGUAGCCUUUUCUGUCAUGACUUUCAAAACAAAUGCCAUGUGUGGACAUGAUUUGUCCCAAAGCUUUGAUUACACUCCGCCCGUAUGGGCCAAGGAUUCCUUUUCCAAAUUUCCCAAACAUGGUAGACUUCAGCUGUCAAAUUUACCCACUCCGUUGUACAAACUAAGCUCCAAGGCAAAUCAUGACGAUUCAUCAAUACUCAAAAAGUUGGAAGCAAUGGGUAUAUCCUUGUACGUCAAGCGUGAUGACAUGUCCGGAGGCGUCGAAACGGGAGGAAACAAGAUAAGGAAAUUAGAAUUUCUAUUGGCGGAUGCCUUGGCACGAGACUACACCGCAGUCGUGACCAUUGGAGGAGAACAAAGCAAUCACUGCCGUGCUACAGCCGCGGCAGCUCGUAUGGUGGGACUGGGACCUCACUUGAUUUUGAGGACCAAACGCGCCGACAACGUACAAAAAGAUCCCAACGAGAUCGGAUUUACCGGAAAUGUUUUGUUUGACCGCAUGGUCGGGAGCCAGAUUUACACCUGUACUCCUGGAGAAUAUGGACGCAUGGGGUCCCAGGAAAUGGUAUCCAGACUUUGCAAACAUUUGACUCAAAGAGAUGGUGAAUGCAAACCAUAUCCCAUCCCAGUUGGAGGAUCCAAUGGUAUCGGUACUUGGGGAUACAUCAAUGGAGUAGAAGAGAUGCUAGCACAGUGGGGAUCGAUCGAAUCGGAACCUUCUUUAGAUCACGUUGUAUUUGCUUGUGGAAGUGGGGGCACAGCUGCUGGGAUUGGUCUUGGGUUGGCGCUGGCUCAUCAAGACACGAACAAAGGUGCACCACCUGGGAUUCAUGCCAUUGGGGUGUGCGAUAGUCCAGACUACUUUUAUGGACAUGUCGCCAAAAUAGCAGAUGAAAUGGGCUUUCAUCAGGAAGGAAAAGAUGCUGGAUCCACUGAAGACUUUGUACGCAAGGCAUUGCUGGUUCAUCAAGGGAAGGGUCUUGGUUAUGCUGUCAGCACGCCCGAGGAACUUGAUUUCAUUACCAAAUUUGCUGUUGAGACCGGGAUUGUCUUGGAUCCAGUCUAUUCGGGAAAGGCUCUGUAUCAAUUUGUUCAGGAGGUACUGGAGACGGACGAAGGAGAAAAGUUUCGGGGAAAGAAUGUUCUAUUUUGGCACACGGGCGGUGCACUCGGCCUGUUUGAGCAAGCCAAAACGCUGAAUUUUCUUUCCUCUGCCAAACGACUUGACAUCUAUGGAAAAGACCUUGAGAAUGGUAUUGAUAUUAGUGAUUGA